AAAUCCCAAAACCAACAGACCGAGAUCAGCCCACCAACCUUGACUGCCAGGACAGAAAGUACUAUAUAGGAAGGUAGCUAAGGUAGCCAACUCCGCAACUCGGCCUGCCGGGCCUGCUUUACCAAUCCAAGCCGAGACUUCUCAAAACACACCAGGCUAUCCCUACCUUACCAGACCUCAGUACUAACUGGAGGCUGGUACCGGACUACGAAUCGCCCACAACAUUGCAACAUUGGCAACUGCCAUGGACGGCAAGGGCACCAUCCUCCUCACGGGCGCGAACGGCGGGUACGGCCGUGCCAUCGUCUCCCACAUCCUAUCCACCCCUUCACUCGCCGCACAACAUCACGGCAUCUACACGGUGCGCAAUGCCGCGACCGCCUCCGCUCUACACCGCACUCUCCAGUCCUCCCCAAACAGUCCCUCACACACCCACGACAUCAUGUCCAUGGACCUCUCCCGACUCAGCAGCGUGCGUGAGGCAGCGGCGUCCAUCAACGCGCGCGUAGCGGCCGGCGAGAUCCCGCCGAUUCGUGCUCUUAUUCUCAACGCGGGUUUUAUUGACCCCUUUAAGCAAUCUUGGACUGACGACACGGAGGAGGACGGGCGAAGGCUGGACAUGACAUUUGUGUCUAACUACCUUGGUCAUUGGUUGUUGACGUUGCUGCUGCUGCAGAGCAUGGAUCGGGAGCGGGGGAGGGUCGUGGUUGUGUCUAGCUCGGUGCAUGAUCCGGAGGAUAAAAGGAAUGAUGUGACGGGGUGCUAUAAGGACAACAAGUGGAGGACUUUCUUUUCCUAUGACGAAAGUGGAAGUGGAAGCGGAAUGACGGACCCCAUUGCCUACGGUACCUGGAGUAAUAACAGUACCGACAACGACGCCGCAUGGCGCAGCGCUCAGCGGCGGUACGGAGCCUCCAAGCUGUGUCUGGUCAUGAUGGUGGGCGAGCUGCAGCGCCGGCUUGAUGCCGACGCGAGGCUAAACAAGAUCUGUGUGCUCGCCGUGGACCCGGGGACUAUGCCGGGGACUGAGCUUGUGCGGCGAAGUGCCUGGGUUGUGGUGUUGAUCUUUAGGUUUGUCCUCGCGCCGCUCGCGGUUUUGACAACAUGGCUGAGCCCAAACGGAUCGCUGAGGACUACCAGGAAGUCGGCGGCUGAUAUGAUGGUUCUGGCGCUGAAACGUGGUGAGCCGCUGUGUGAGUAUCCAAAGGGGUGGUAUAUGAAUGGUUUGGAGCGGGCAGAGCCGAGUGACGAAUCGAAGGAUGAGAGGAAACGGGAGUGUCUUUGGAGGGAUAGUGUAAGGUAUACAAGGCUGGCUGAGGGGGAGACUUGCCUUGGUGAUUGGCGAUGAUCCACCAGCCUCAGAUAUGUCUUAUACAGAUUAGCAGUGAGAGUUCGAUUGCGAGCGAAGAGGACGUUACUAACACCAAGAGACAGUAUGCUGUCAAUCAGAUUAUCAGAAUCAUAUCAGUCCAAGUCCAUCACUACCCUCCAUCGGCCAUCAGUCUACCCUGCUACAAACAAGCUUUACCCUAUCCGCAUCCACCAUCUUAAGCAGCAUCUCCAUAUUCACAUCAUUCACACACUCCACAGCCCGCUUCCUCGCGUCUUCAUCACUCUCCCCAGCCUCCCUCUUCACACUCAAUCGAUGCC